UCUGAGAGUGAGCAAGUUAUCCUCGUCAUCUUCCGCCAAAAUAUGGUAGGUAAGAAUAAGAUAGUUUCUUUCUCGAAGAACUCCUUUGUUUUGUACUUUAUUGUAUCAUUGGCCAGCUAUGGGCUCUAGCAUGUUCGUCCAGUGCACUCCUGCUCCGUGCAUGAGAAAGAGGUGUCAUCAGGCUGUGAUGGCUAGCCAUGUGUCCAUGGAUACUAAUGUACGUGGCAUCUAUUCCUGGAGCUGUCUGCACAUAUAUAUAGGAGGUGCACUCAUCUCACUUCUGUGCAACAAGCAACUUCUUCAAGAAGAUAGGAGAAGGGAAUUACACUGAGGUUUAAGAAUGGCGAGUGCACAGGCAAUGGGGCAAGGAGAACAAGAUCACUUCGUUCUGAAGAGCGGACACACCAUUCCAGCUGUUGGUCUAGGCACUUGGAGGGCUGGCUCAGAUACCGCUCACUCUGUUCAGACAGCCAUCACCGAGGCUGGAUAUAGGCAUGUGGAUACAGCUGCUCAAUACGGAGUAGAAAAAGAGGUCGGUAAAGGACUUAAAGCUGCAAUGGAGGGUGGGAUCAAUAGGAAAGAUUUGUUUGUAACGUCGAAGUUAUGGUGCACAGAGUUGGCUCCUGAUAAGGUUCGGCCAGCACUUCAGAAAACACUCAAGGAUUUACAGCUGGAUUACCUGGAUCUCUACCUUAUCCAUUGGCCCUUCAGACUAAAAGAUGGGGCGCACAUGCCCCCGGAAGCUGGGGAAGUGCUGGAAUUCGACAUGGAAAGAGUGUGGAGGGAAAUGGAAAGCCUUGUGAAAGAUGGGCUAGUUAAGGAUAUAGGUGUUUGCAAUUACACAGUUACCAAGCUCAACCGUCUGAUGCGGUCAGCAAAUGUUCCACCAGCAGUAUGCCAGAUGGAAAUGCACCCUGGUUGGAAGAAUGACAAGAUUUUUGAGGCCUGCAAAAAGCAUGGGAUUCAUGUUACAGCUUACUCUCCACUGGGUUCUUCAGAGAAGAACCUAGCACACGACCCCGUUGUCGAAAAGGUAGCCAACAAACUGAACAAGACCCCAGGGCAGGUGCUCAUCAAGUGGGCCCUCCAAAGAGGGACAAGCGUUAUUCCCAAAUCGACCAAGGACGAAAGAAUCAAAGAGAACAUCCAGGUGUUUGGAUGGGAGAUCCCUGAGGAGGACUUCACGGUCUUGUGCAGCAUCAAAGAUGAGAAGCGCGUGCUGACCGGAGAGGAGCUCUUCGUGAACAAGACCCACGGGCCGUACAAGAGCGCAUCUGAGGUCUGGGACCACGAGGACUGAGCUCCGCUGCCGCUGCCGCUGCCGUGCUGCCGGAUGCCUCCACCUGAUGAACCCAAAAAUAAAAGGAUCCCGACGCCGAUGCGCAACAGCGCAAAGCAGCACUCACCCCUCUGUCUGUCACCUCGCGUGCUUUUGUGAAAAGCAGCAGCCUCGCACAAGAAAGAUGCAGAAGAGUUGUGCAACAACCCUCCUGUACUGUACCAUAAACUGAAAUAAGGAAAAAAAAAAGCGGUGCAGUUUGCCGUUGUGUUUU